AUGACCCUCUUUGCCUGGAAACCAAUCAAUACCGCCUCACCACCCCGCACCAUGGCGGGCCACCUCGACCGACGCCCUAACUCUCCGCCCCAACUCUCCGCGAUCCGUCUCCGCCUCCCGGCCUCCGCUGCCCUAACUCUCCACGCUACGUCUCCGCCUCCCGGCCUCCCGACUGACUUGACAUACGACGCGGCCAUCGCCGCCCUUAUGGAAGACCUUCCCACGCUGCCGUCUUCUGACGAUGAAGAAACUCUCUGCCGCCACUCCCGCACUCCUCUCUCCCCUCCACCCUCGCUACAACUCCGGGUCGGCGUGCCCUCUCCACCACCACUACCAUCCACGGCACCCCGACCCCUCACUCUCCUCCCACGAUGGCUCUCCGGAGCCAGAAGACACUCGCGGCGGCCGCCACAACUCUCCCGAGCUGGGAGAAUCUGCACCCUCUAG